UUUUGAGCAUAUGAAAACCGCACAAGGCAUUCAAACAAAGCAUUCAAAUAAAUCAUUUUCAUAUUGCAAGGUAUAGUGCUUUAUGGAAAUUUACAUUAGAAAAGUUUUAAAAUUUUUUAAACAUUUUGUAGCAAAUGGUUUAUAAGCCUUAAUAAAAAUACACAUGCAUGUCAAAAAGUAUACCUCUUUACUUCAUUUGUUAAAAUAAACCCAAAAAAAUCUUGACAAAUCAUCUUUCUUUACCUAAAAAAUUCUUAGGAACGAAAACAGAUUUCAUACGGAGAUUAAUAAUAGGACAUUCUGAGAUUCUGACUUCUUAAAUCAUUCAGCAGUGUUUCGGAAUUACCUUCACAAUUUUUCAACGUUUACAUCAAUGCAAUGUUGCAAUGCAAAACCCCGAAACCUUUUUUAUUUUUUUGCUGACAAGCUAGAGUGGAAGUUUCAAAAAAGAAACUCAUAUUUUGAGUGAACAUCUAUUGAACAUUGAGGUUCCAAUAAAAAUGGCAGAGCGAUUUAAAACGUCACAGGAUCUAUGGCACAAUCAGGCAGUUUAUGAAGCCCAAAAACACCGCCGUUUGCGUUAUCAACAUGGGAGGGGACCAUCUAAUAUCUUCAUUUUGGAUACAUCUUCUAGUAUUGGGGAUGAAGGUGUCCAGCGAAUGAAGGAUGCGUUUACAUCUAUCAUUGAUGAGUAUACAAAACAUCCUGACAUUGACGAGAACGUAGCUGUCAUUGUGUGCGGACGACAAACCAAGUUUCUGCGUUACUUUUCCAACCAAUACGAAGAUAUCAAACAUUGUCUAGAUGACGUUGACUUUGGGGGACCAUCUCCUCUCACGGCAGCAUUCAUUUUAUCAACGGGAGGUCUAAUGGAUGGCGCAAGUAGCAUUUGCAUGAUGGGAAAUCUUCACUUUCACCAAAGAUUUAUUCUUUUUUCUGAUGGAAGACCAACAGAUUUUACUAUUAGUUCUCCUGACGACAGUCUUGUAUUGGAAACGGAUGAGGCGAAAGAUCAUUUGCUACAGAUGACGGUAAAUCUGGGGAGAAUUCAUCCAAUAUUCUGUAUUCCUGUGGGAAGAAACCCUGAUGUGACAUUAUUAGAGUUUAUCAGUGGGCAGUCAAAAGGAGGGAAAAUUAUUCAUUCCGAUGAAGCAAGACAAUUAGGAAAAUGUUCAUACAAUCUGAAAGCUGCUUCUGUAUUGUUGCAAACGAUGAAAAACGAUUGCCACGACAGGGAACAUAUUCUGACAUCGCUUGCCCUUCUUUUUCCUUACACCGAAUAUACUGAAAGAGACCAGGAUGACAUUAUUGAAAUGUGCUCGAGAAAGACUUUAUUUUGUUCAAACCAUAACAUAAAAAUUGAGGUCAAUGUUGAAAUGGAAAUGUUCAAAGAAACAAAUCCACGAAUGCCUACUUUAGGAUCAAGAGUUAGGCGUGGGCGAGACUGGCAGUGGGGUAACCAGGACAAUAUGGGUCCUGGAACAGUAAUUGGGCAUUAUAAAGAAGAUGGGUGGUUACACGUGGAAUGGGAUACCGGUUCGGUCAGUAACUACAGGUAUGGAUCUUCCCAGUCUGAGUUGAAUAAAUAUGAUGUCAAGGUGUGCAUCGAGCCAAGAAUUUUGGGGAACGAAAUUAUUGCCACAGGCUGUCUUGUCACCAGAGGAACAGACUGGGAAUGGGACGACCAAGAUGGCGGUGCUGGAAAUAUUGGAUCGGUGAUUUCAGUUCAAGGCACCGGAUUUGUCUACGUUCGUUGGAGACAUGGUUUUAUAAGCCAAUAUAGAUUUGGGUGGCAUGGUAAAUUUGACCUUCAGAUUUGUGAUCCAUUCUCAAAAGAGGCCAUCGAGUAUUUCAAAGAUCAAGUACGCAACGCUUCUCUCAAUUACCCGAACGGAGAUCAAGCAAGUUUCAAUGAGGGAUAUGCACUGGGUUUACCUAGUAGUAGACCAGCAAUAUCAGAAAAGGCAAAAAGUGUGGAUACGUCAACUAAACCAAUAUUACACGUUGUCAAAGGAAAGUACUUUAAGAAUAGCGAGGUAGUUGACAAAUUGCCACCAGAACAUCAGAAAGGAAGACCGAAGAUUUCCUUGUCAAUGAAUCAAUGGUUUUGGAAAGAUGACAAAGGAAAAUGGAAUCCAUAUUCGAUAGAAAUGAAUGACAGAAUAAACGAAUGCUACAAGCGUGAUCCAAAGUCAACUGUUGUUGUCACAAUCCAAGAUCAGUGUUACAGGGUUGUGAUGUCAAAGAGCUUGCAUAUUAACUUGUCAACUAAAGAUGUGUCAGAGGUGAAAUUGGUGAACAACGGCGGAAGUUUGUGAAUUGACAGAGCAGUGACAGUGCAUGUUGUACGACCAUCAAGGAAACUGUAAACGUCAAGCCUGUUCUAUCUUAUUGUGUACUCUGCUUCGUUACUCCUCUACAACUGUCAUACUAUUGUGUUUAAUUCUAACAUGUGAUAAAAGAACGAUUCUGGUCGAUAGUGUUGUCCAACUCUUAUUAUUAAAAUUAAUAUUUAGAAUAAAAUGUUUUGGGUUACAGUUA